UACCCCUCCCCUCUCCCUCUCUCCCUCCCUCCUCCCCUUCUGCCUCUGGCGAGCAAAGCAAAGCCAGACCAGACGGCAAGACGCGGGCGCAUUGCUCGGCAGCAGGGACAGCUCCCCAUUCCCUUUCGGGGAGGGGGAUCCACGUUGACCCCCACCCCCAAAGCAAGGGGAGGCAUUCACCCGCCUGCCUGCUCUGCCAUGCCCCCCGGGGGUUGAAUGGGGGGCGGGCCAGGCCUGGCAACUCCCGCCUCGCUGCCCGGGGCGAUGCCAGGGAGGGGGAGCCAUUGGGCCCCCCCACCUGCCUGCCGGACCCCCAUGAGCUGAGCCUGCUUCUCCCCGUGGGUCCCGCCGCCCCCUCCCCCGGUCGGCCGCCAUGGGAUGUAACAUGUGUGUGGUGGAGAAACCCGAAGAACAAUAUCGGGUCAUGCUGCAGGUGAAUGGUCGGGAGCUGUCCCAUCUCUCACAGGAGCAGACCCUUGAAGCCCUGAGGUGCUCUAAGGAACCUCUGGUCAUCCAGGUGCUACGCCGCAGUCCACGCAGCCGAGGUGGGGGUGGUGAAGGACCCACCCCCCAAGGGGACCCCACAACUCUAGUGGACAGUGGAACACAGACAGAUAUCACCUUUGAGCACCUACUGGGGAUAGGAAGGAUGCGGCCACCAAGCCCUCCAGCUGUAACAUUGGAACCCUAUGGACUGUCAGAUCUCCCCACAAUUGGACAUGAAUAUUAUGACCCUGUGGAAUUCAUGGAAGGUGCUCCAGAGACUGAGAGGGCAGAAGAGCUGGAGUAUGAGGAGGUGGAGUUGUACAAAGCCAGUCACCGGGACAAGCUGGGCCUGAUGGUUUGUUACCGAACUGAUGAUGAGGACGAUGUAGGCAUCUACGUUGGAGAGGUUAACCCUAACAGUAUUGCUGCCAAGGAUGGUCGGAUCAGGGAAGGAGAUCGCAUUGUCCAGAUCAAUGGCAUGGAGGUACAAAAUCGAGAGGAAGCUGUAGCAAUUCUCACUCAGGAGGAGAGGACAAACAUAUCACUAUUGUUGGCUAGACCGGAGACUGAGUUGUCAAAGCGCUGGAAGGACAGUGACCGUGAGGAUUUCCUAGAUGACUUUGGUUCAGAUCACGAAGCUGGAACAAAACCUCGGCGGCUUCUUUCGCCACCAAGUCAGCAGAAUGAGCCUCUACAAGACAAGCCUGCUGGGGAUCCGGCCACCCCAUUGACCAACAGCCAGGAGCUGGAUAGUGGUGUUGGCCGUACUGAUGAAAGCACUCGCAAUGAGGAGAGUUCAGAGCAUGAUCUCCUGGGAGAUGAAGCACCCAGUGCUGCCAACACCCCGGGGACCCUGCGCAAGUUUGGGCCUAACCUACAGCCCCGUGACUUCCAUUACAGCAUGGACUCAUUGUUGGCAGGGGAGCCCCCAAGUGCCAUGGCGACAGACUUGAUGCCAGGGCUUACUGAUGAAGAGUAUGAGCGCUACCGGGAGCUGCUGGAGCUGAAGUGCCACCUGGAGAAUGGCAAUGACCCAGGCCUGGUGAGUGCACCACUGGAUGUCAACCGCAAUGAGGUGGCUCUGCUGGAAGAAGAGCUCCGCCACCUGGAGUUCAAGUGCCGGAACAUCCUGCGGGCCCAGAAGAUGCAGCAGCUCCGGGAGCGCUGCAUGAAGGCCUGGCUUCUUGAGGAGGAAGGACUGUAUACCUUGGAAGGGGAACCUAAGAAACAUGAACUGUCAGACAUCACAGAGUUGCCUGAGCGCUCUGACAAGGACAGUACCAGUGCCUACAACACUGGGGAGAGUUGCCGAAGCACCCCUUUGCUGGAGAGCCCCUUGCGCCGCCUGGCUGAGCCCCCCAACCUCAACAGAACAGCUCCUCCUUCCCCACCACAGCCCAAAUUCCGGCGGGAAGAGCGGGUACGUCGCAGUCCCAAAGCUGCUGGGGAAGGCAGCCCCUACCUGAGCCGGAGGCAGCGAGAAGAGCCGCCGGCCCCCAUCAGCCCUAUGAGCCUAGCCAGCAUAUGCAAGGACUCUCUCGGGGGCAAAGCGGAACCCCGCAUGGAGUGGAAAGUGAAAGUGAGAAGUGACGGCACACGCUACGUGGCCAAAAGACCAGUCAGGGACCGGCUCCUCAAAGCCAGGGCCAUGAAGAUCCGGGAAGAACGCAGCGGCAUGACCACAGAUGACGACGCAGUUAGUGAGAUGAAAAUGGGACGCUACUGGAGCAAGGAGGAACGGAAGCAGCACUUGAUCCGGGCCCGGGAGCAACGAAAGCGGCGGGAGUUCAUGAUGCAAAGUCGGCUGGACUGUUUGAGGGAACGAGAAGGUAGCGAAGCCCGAGGGGUGUCUAGCGAAGUUAACAUCUUAGCCUUGAGUCACCGGAAAACCAUGAAGAAACGGAGUCGCCGCAUCCUGGACAACUGGAUUACCAUUCAAGAGAUGCUGGCCCAUGGCACCCGUUCGGCUGAUGGACGCAGGGUUUACAACCCAUUACUGUCUGUCACCACUGUUUGAGUGCAUAGGAAGAAACAGAGGGAGCCACAGUGGUGUUUUCUUUUCCUUUAUUCAUGGUGUGCUGGCGAAUGAAAACCAAGACAGGCCAAACAAUUCCUCCAUGACCAGGAUGGCUGUUUUUUGAGAACACACCAGAGAAGCAUAUUACUACCACCUGAGCUCCAUAGGGCUCAGAAGGCCCACCUCUCUGAACCAAAAUGUAGAGUGGAACAGAAAGCCCAGCAUCCAUUCCUGCCUUAAGAACCCGAAAAGGGGAGUGGAGGGCCCUUCUCCCUCCCCCAAGUCUCCAACCCUCAGGAGCUUGCUGUGGGGCAAGAUUGACUCCUCCUGAUGGGCACAUAAUCUGUAUCAGCGGUGAUUGUGCGGGGCAACUCAGCUCACCCAUCACUUCUGGAAAAGCUUUUGCUGGAUUCACCCCUGCCAAUCACAUCCUGAAGCACAAGGAACCAGCUGUGGUCUACAUACAGUGUGCAGAGCACAAAGAAAGCAAGUGGAGUCCUAUCCCAUAUAGGUCAACAAGGCCAGUGAAGAUCUUCCCCAUCCCCACCCCAAGUUGAGAUGUUGUGACAUCUUUCUUUCCUCUUUUUCUUUCUCUCUCUUUUUCUCCUUCUCCUUUCUCUUUUGUGAUUGUGGCUCUCAAUUUCUUUUCAUUACUCUAUUUGAAGCUGGAAGUCUGGGCCCUGGAGGCUCAUCCCACAAGUGACUGUUCCCUUCCUCCAUUCUGCACCAUCUGAUUGCUUCUAUCCCCAUUCAAGGGGGAGGGACAUUAGCUUAGACUAAGGAGCAGAUAGCUUGUGUUAAACCCUGUACCCCAAGGCUGAACUUGCAUUGUUAAAAUAAAAAAAGAUUGUUCUUUUUA